CACCAUUUGCUCGCCCAACUCCCAAAUGUCACAUCUUCUUGGAGGAAUCGCCGCCGCUCCAUUCAUCUUCAAGCCCAGGGCCGUCCCCGUCUCCGCUUCUGCAUCUUUCCGCAACCAAUCUUCAUCCCCGCAUGCUCUCGAUGCGACCUUCAUCAAGCGGGCCUCGGAGCUCGCCGACAAAUCCGCCGGAUUCACCGCCCCUCACCCCAAUUUUGGGUGCGUGAUCGCUGCCACCGUCGGCGGACGGGAAGCGGCUGAGACGGUGGGAGAGGGCUAUUUUUAUGCGGAGGGGACUGCGGCAGCCGAAGUGCAGGCUGUGGAGGCUGCAGGGGAGCGGUGUAGAGGCGCCACUGCUUACCUGAAUAUGGAACCCGGCGUCUCCUGCGGCGAUACCACCGCCGCAACUGCUCUUAUCCAGGCAGGAAUUGCAAGAGUUGUGAUUGGGAUUCGUCAUCCUUUGCAACAUCUUCGGGGAAAUGCAAUUCGUGCACUAAGAAGGGAAGGCCUGCAAGUAGAUGUGAUAGGGGAAAACCUACAUGGAAAAAAUUUAGAGGAAGCUCGUAAGUCUUGCCUUAUCGUCAAUGCGCCUUUGCUCUAUGGAGCUGCUUGCCAUGUUCCUUAUUCUGUUCUUAAAUAUGCAAUGACUCUUGAUGGAAAGAUUGCUACUAGUAGUGGACAUGCAUCUUGGAUUAGCAGCAUAAAGUCAAGAAGCCGAGUUUUUGAAUUGCGGGGACGAAGUGAUGCUGUCAUUGUUGGAGGAAAUACUGUUCGUAAAGAUAGUAUGCUUCCAUUUAGCCUUUCUCUUGCACUUCCACAGGAAUUCAAAAACAUAUCACUGCCCCUUCAGUGGGGAUGUUAAAGGUAUUCUAGUGCUGGUGCACCUAACACAACUUUGGUGUUUAGAUCCACGAUUGACCGCAAGACAUGGAGGUAGCCAUGUACCAAAUAGAAUUGUGAUGUCGCAAACUCUAAGUCUUCCUGAAGAAGCCAAUAUUUGGGAUGUUUCUGAAGCCCCAACUGUAGUUGUGACACAAAGAGGUGCUAGAAGGAGUUUUCAAAAAGUGCUGGCCUCUAAAGGCGUUGAAGUAGUAGAGUUUGACAUCCUAGAUCCACGAGAUGUUACAGAGUACUUCUAUGAUCGUGGUUACCUCUCAGUAUUGUGGGAAUGUGGAGGGACAUUGGCGGCUUCUGCAAUUUCAUCUGGAGUCAUACACAAGGUCCAUGCUUUUGUUGCACCAAAAAUUAUAGGUGGGAAGAAUGCACCAACUCCAGUUGGUGAUCUUGGGAUGGUAGAGAUGACCCAAGCUUUGGACUUGAUUGAUGUUUGCUAUGAACAGAUUGGACCUGACUUGCUCGUUAGUGGAUUUCUUCAUCCAGUUCCAGACCUCACUCCAGCUAUUCCAUCUUUAGAAGAAGCUUCUGAGAUUGAUCCUUCAAUUUCUCCUUAUGAGUCGAGUGUCAUAUUUUUUUAUAAAACAUGGGAGCAAUAUGGUUUCUUUUCAAACUUUUCUAGCCACCCAAUUCAAAUGCCCGAUGAAACUGGAAAUAGUGUCACGUGGUCUAGUGUGGAGCAUUAUUACCAGGCACAUAAAUUUACAGGGGUGGCUGAUCCUGUGGCUCAAAAGCAUAUUGAAGAUAUAAAAAAUGCAAAGAGCCCUGAGGAAGCUGCACGACUGGGAAGGAGGUUACAGAAGCAACGUCCUGACCUGGUAAGACUAGACUGGAAUUCCAUCAAGCUUGAUGUCAUGUACAAGGCCCUGAAAUGCAAGUUCACAACAUACCCACAUCUAACCUCUUUGCUGGUUGCGACAAAAGGAUCAGUUCUUGUAGAAUCUUCACCCCACGAUCUCUUUUGGGGAGGAGGCCGCGACGGAGAAGGCCUUAACUAUCUUGGCAGACUGCUGAUGAGGCUGAGAUCUGAGCUUUUAGACAACAGUCCAAUGUCACCUCAAAACUCAGUUGAUCAUCAUCAGCCACAUGCAUAAAAAAACUCUGAGAUGGAUCUUAUGCAGAAGAUCAAUCCCAUACAUAACUGUUGUCUGGCAUCACAAGCUGAUAUAGUGCAGAUUUGUCACAGCAGGGUGGACAAACAACAAGUAAGCAUAUUCUAAAAUGCAAAGCAUUCAUCAAGAAAGUGGGAGUGAUUUCCAAACCCUUUGUCUUGGAUCUUCAAUUCAAGUGAUCCAUGUGGUAUCUUGCCAUACUUAAACUACUUUCAAUUUAACAAUGAAACAACCCAAAAGUGGGUCUUAAAUGUAUAAAACAGCCAGUUCAUACUGAUUUAUACCCUUCAGUGGACGGGUUACUUUUUGGAUAAUGGAGAUAUGUAAUGUCACCAUAGUUUAUUUGACAUUGG